ACGCAAGUUUUCAAUCGCGUUUCCGGUGUACACCGGAAGUAAAUACAGAUGACUCGAGGUGCUUCCUUGUUGCUGACAAAAGUGGAUUAUUCUUCCCCAGAUUUAUUUUAUCUGUUAUUUCACUGAAUAUCAAAGGGAAAAAUGCCUCGUAGAAACGAGAUUCCAGAAGGCAUCCGGUCGAAAGUUGUAGAUCUGCACAACGCCGGGAUGGGAUACAAACUGAUUUCAAAGAGUCUGGAGCUGCAUCACUCCACAGUUAGGAAAAUUAUCCAUAAAUGGAUACGAUUUAACACCGUGGCGACCCUGCCGCGGAGUGGGAGACCCAAGAAGAAGCUUCCGAGCAGGAGACGGACAGCUCAGCCGGAGGAGGCUGAUCCUGCUGGGCCUGCCGGUGAUAAAGGAGGGGAUAAGGCAGAAGUUGAUCUGCAUUCAGCUGGACCAGCACAUCUUAUUAAAGAAGACCCAGAUAAGAAAAUGCGAGAGAUGAACAGUGAGUGUGAAGAUGCUGACAGUGCGGACUAUUCAUCUGAUUCUGAUGAAGAAGACCCCAUGCUCAGCGUCCUGUUUCCCACAGUACCAAACGACACUAGAGAAGAUCCAGACCACAAAACGCGUAAACAUUCAGCUUCAUGUGACGACACACCAGAAGACGAUCCCAUGGAGCAGAUUUUUGACCCAAACUUUGACAAUGAGAAGAAGAUUUACGCCGGUUCUUCGGUCAGUGUGAGAGCGCUCCUCCUCCUCCUGCUGGCCUUCAUCCUGAAGCACGACUUGUCGAAAGCAGCCACCAAAGACCUCCUGGCCCUCCUCAACCUCAUGGUGCCUGGAUGCAUUCCCAGCUCUCUGCACUUCAUAAAGAAACAUUUGACUGACAUUGACAAGAAGACGGAGAUCCACUUAUACUGUCCCAGGUGUGAAAACUACCUCGGCGUAGAGCCUGGGACCGAGUGCGGAGUGUGUCAGCAGCGCUUGAGCAAAAAAAGUCUGCUUGAAAAGGCAAACUACUUCCUGGUGUUGCCUCUAGAAAACCAACUGAGGAAGGUCCUCAAACGCCUUCACUCAAAGCUGGGGAAGCAUUUUACAAAGGAGGAUUACGUUUCUGACGUCAACACCGGUGGUGAAUAUAAGCACGAAGAGCAGGAGGGCAGUAUCACACUUACCUUCACAUGUGACAGCUCUCCUCUUCUCAACUCAUCCAAGUUUUCAGUCUGGCUCAUCCUGUGCACGAUCAAUGAACUUCCGUACGUGGAGCGGUGUAAAAACGUUCUGCUGCACACGUUGUGGUUCGGCAAAGGAAAGCCGCUGCUUCAGUGUUUCUUUACGCCGUUCAUUAACGAGCUUCAUAAACUCUCUCACGAGGGCUUCACUUGGGAAGACGAGAGCGGACUAGAGCUUAACACCAGCGUGAUGGCGAAAAUCUGCGUCUGCGAUUCAGUGGUGAGGUCAGCGGUGCAGAACUUUCAGCCGUUCAGUUCGGAGUUUGGUUGCGGGUUCUGCUACCACAAAGGAGAGCUGGUUCAGAAGGGUCGGGGUCACACCAGAGUCUAUCCGGUUCAGGUUGACGGAUGUGACCUGCGGCACAUGGCUGAGACGGAGCAACUGGCCAUCGUAGUGAUUGAGAAUGGAUAUCCACAAGGUCAAAUGGGUGUCAAAGGUCACAGUCCGCUGCUUCUGCUGCCUUCGUUUGAUGUUGUCAAAGGUUUUAUCCCAGAUUACAUGCACUGUGUUUGUCUUGGGGUUGUUCCUGAGUUUGUCAAUCUUUGGUUGGAUCCUCUUUAUGGCAGAAAGCCCUUCCACCUUUCACCUCAGAGUUUGAAGAACCUGGACAAAGCUUUGUCUGCCAUCCAACCUCCUGAUGAGAUCAGACAAAGACCUCGGCGUCUCAGUGAGAGGAUGCAUUGGGAGGCAUCCGAGUGGCGAGCGUUUGCUCUUCUCUACUCUCCUGUAAUACUGAGGAAGGUUUUACCAAACCUGUACUACAAACACUGGAUGCUUCUCAUUUCAUCACUUCACAUCCUGCUCUCCCAGUUUUCCUCCCAGGAGGAGAUCAGCUGUGCAGAGCUGUGCCUGGUUCAGUUCGUCUCCCAGGUACCGUCUCUGUACGGACUUGAGCAUUGCUCAUUUAACUGCCACUUGCUGAUGCAUCUCACUGACUGUGUCCGUAACUGGGGACUACUGUGGGCCAACUCCGCCUUCAUCUUUCAGGGUGUCCACAGGCGACUCCUGCAGAUGUACUCCAGGGCUCAGUCUGCGCCAUCCAACAUCUUCAAACAGAUAGUUUCCUAUGAUGAGAUUAUUAUAAAAGGAAGCGAUGUUCUGAAGAAUGCUAGUACAGAAAUCACAGACCUGUUUUCUUCCAUGACAAGCUGUGGUAUCCUUACCAAAUCAUCCAACUGCAUCAGUGAAGAUGUGUUUACUUUGGGAUGCGGAUCUCGGAGAUCUCUAACUGUGAGAGAACUUGCUGCAUUGCAGAGCAAAGAUACACGGCCCGUUACUGAAUACGCACGUUUUGUCUACAGAGACAUGCUGGUCACCUCUUUGGACUACAGCAUCUCUUCCAAAAGGAACAACUCAAUCAUAGAAACGACCAACGGCUUUGUUCUUGUAGAGUCCGUGGUGGUCGUGGAGAAGCAUUGCAGCUGUGAGAGAUCGUCUGACUGCUCCUGUAGAGAACUGGUUGCUUUCUGCAGAAAACUGCUUCCCUCAAACUCCCAACCAACAAUCCAGAACGAGCAGAUCAACAGAAACAUUGCAGAGUUCCUCAUAAGACUGAGGAUCUCGGAUGAAUUCUGCACAAUGACGAGGCGGGACAUUGUCGCGAAAUGUUUUCUGAUGGAGCAGACGGGUCGGCUAUAUGUCAUCAGAAUGCCAGUGCUUGAGACACAAUAGUUACAUGUUGAAAUAUCAUUGAGCACAUUUUGUAAUAUGUGUUUGGGGGUUUUUGCAUGACAUAAACAUGUUGUGUCUUAAAUGGAGCAGUAGGUACUUAUUGAAGCACACUUAUUUUACACCAGGAUCUUAAUUUUGAUCCUGCAGUUAUUUUUACAUAGGUUUGUAAAAAAAAAUUUUAUCACACGCAAAAUAUGAUAAAACAAAAACAUUUUUUAUUCUGGUUUGACUAUGUUCUCAUUUCUGUUGUUUACAAUCAGAAGACAUUCCUGUACCACAUGAGUGUUUUUGCUUUUUGUGCCUGGAGUUUUGUAUUUGACAUCCACAUUUUUGUUAUGUACAUAAAACACUUUGUCAUUGUACUAUUUAAGUGUUGCAAGACAUUCUCAUAUAUUCACAGUACUUUGAAUAUUUAUGACAAGCAUGUAAACAUGGACUAAAAUAUCUGCAUACAUGAAUAUGAGCCUGCUAUAAUUGUGUUUUUGUCUUGUACACCCAGUUGUUUCCAAGUUGUAAUCAGGUAGCUGCUGAUUCAAGGUAAAAUUAAUUAAUUUGGACAUAGUUUUCUUUUACGUUUCGCAAUGGACCUGUACAAUUCGCAACAGAACAGCCUCAUAAAACCAGACAGUUGGUUCCAGUGACUUAAUCAUAACCAGAUUUACAAAUAUGUCUGAUUUACAAAUAUAGACCCCCUGCAUUUUAUUGUUUACAUAAGGACAUUUUGCACAUGCGGACAAAGCUGGAGGGCAAAAAGAGCAUGUCAUGCAUAGCCGCGCUGCCGCCGUAAAAUAAUUCAGUCUGUUGCAGUAGUUUGGUUUUAGGCUUGAUGUUUAUUUUGUGAUUAGUAAUAAGUUAGGGUGACCAGACCACCCCGAUUUCCGGGGACAGUCUCCGUUUUAGAUGGCCCGUCCCCGGAAAAGUCCCCGAUUUUAGCGUUUUAUAAAUGAGAGAAAAAAAAGAAGCUUCCUAUAGAUUGUUAUUACAAUAGCCGGAGACUCCAGGCUCACUGGUUGGUUCAAUGUUCUUAGAUUUAAAAGCAUUAUUUUUACUUCUCCAAACCUUCUACCUGUCAUUUGUCCAAAGAUAUAGGCUUGUUCAUGUCGCAGCUAAAACUACCAGAAAGUGACAAUAUUGACUUGGUCAGUACCUUUCAGUCCAUGAAAAAAAAAAAAAAUGGUUUCCCAGAGAACAGUGACACUGGUUUUCCCAGUUUCCAGUUAGGCCAGACUUGAGUCAUGGUAACAAAAAGGUGAUGUACUGUAUUUUCAAAUGUUCUAGAAACCAUUUGUGAAUGGAUUUGGGAAAGGGGAGUGAUCCUGCUGUAUGUAAGCAACAGAAAACAUGGUGCAUGCACAACCUUUUGAAAUGAUAUUAGAAUCUGCAGCUGUUUAAUAAAAGCUCCAAAAGAUUUCCCAAUCCUCCAUCUUGUCCCCUGUUGGUGUCAGUGCCAGCAAAGUGACACAAAACCACAGCUAUGCUUCAUAAAAGAUUCCCAACACUUCUUUGACUUACUCAUACACAUAUGAGCAAAUUUUAGCUUGUGUUUGUGCUUUUGGGUGUGCAGAGGUCUUAUACUUGUCAAAGGAGUUUGACGGGCUGUGUCUUCAGGAAUCUGGAGGCAGCCUGUGAUAAUUUCCUCUUUCUGCUACUUCUACUUCCAGUAUACUUCUGACUGAAUCUCUAGGAAGAUUUAGGGUUUUCCAAUAUUUUCUAUACUUUUCUUUGUACAAGAUUCUUCCCUCAACUAUUUGGACUAUAUAAGCAACAUGCCAUAAAAAGUUACGAUUAACACAUUCAAUCUCAGUUAAUGCAUCCGAUAAAGCUCUUGACAGGUUACCUAAUGUGUGCCUGAGAACGUAUUAGAUUUGCAAAUAUCUUUUCCAUUUACUUUGUGUGUGAAUUAAUGAAAGACUGAGAUAAUGGAGGAGUUGGCAGCUCUACAGCCAAUGAAGGAGACCAGAAGAGGGAGUGGUUUGUUCUGUAGAGGUAAGCUGGUACCUCUACAGUUACAUUUACUGGUAAACUGGUGGAUUUACCUCUGGUAAAAGUACCUGAGGUACAAACUGGGAGGUGUUACAUCAACUGUUUUUUGUACAAAUUUGACCAGGGUAAUGUUAGAGUUUUGAAAUUAACCAAGAGCACAGAAAUAUUUAAUGUCGCAGUGGUAGGAGUUUGUCCUGUAAUCGUGGGUUUCUAGUUCAAGACCUAAUCCAUCUGCCUCCAAUGUCGUGUCCUAAGUCAACUUUAAAGCAUUUUUUGUGAAUGUUCAUUAAAUACUGUUUCUGUAGUGUGAACCCUGUAAGCUAAGCUAAACUAAGCAUCAAUAGUUAGGAGGAUAUAAACAUU